AUGUCUGGAAGGCCAGCACAGGUUGGAAUUGAACGAUUACCAGCACGACCUAUGAGCAACGAACCACGAGAAUCAAUGAAUUAUGCAGUCCCUAAAAAGCGUGGACCUAAAACGGAUGUAUUGGAAGCUUUGUUGAAGAGAGUCGAUGGAUUGGAACGAAAGUUGAGAGAUGAGAAAAAAUCCAACUCUCCAAACAAUAAUGAAAAUGGUUCUGGUAGGGGUGGAGAUGAAAGUCUAAAUGUCAAGCCCAAACGACCUCAUUUGGAGACAAUGAUGUCAAAUAUUGCUGAUGAAUCAGCUGUUUAUUCCCCAACACCCAUAAGUGAACCCUCCCCAUCAGUUCAACAAGAUGUCCUUUUGGAUACUUACUUCGUUCGAUGUCAUGGUAAAUCCUACCAUAUACUCGACGAAUCUUCCAUCAGACAACGAAUACAGGCAAAUCGCAUUCCAACAUAUCUCCUCUAUGCAAUUUAUGCUGUUAGUGCAAGAUAUACUUCUCAUCCAAAUGGCUAUUUUGCAGCAGUAAGAUUAAGUGAGGAUUAUGCUCAUCGAGCGAGGUUAGAGGUAGAUAUUGAUGAGCCAUCCAUCGAUACUUUACAGGCUCUCCUGCUUCUUAGUAUCUCGUAUACUGCAUCGGGAAGAGGAAAAAAGGCAUAUAUGGUGCUCGCAAAUGCUGUUGGAAUGGCUGUUGCGCUAGAGCUUCACCGUGAGAUGGACCAUACGCUACGAAUUACUCCCGUGGAGAGAGAAUUACGAAGGAGACUGUUUUGGACUUGCUAUUUGAUAGACAGAUUUACAGCAUGCGGAUCAAAACGACCUUCAUUGAUUGCCGAUAAAUCGAUUGUCUUACGAUUGCCAUCAUGGUCACCUAAUCUAGCCACUCUUCCCGUCGAAGGAGAUUUCUUCCAAAGUGGAUCAAACCUUCAUCUCGGUAGUGGUAAAAAGAGUCAAGGAAGCAGUGGAAUGCUCAUAGAUAUCGUGAGGAUAUUAGGAAUUACCAAUCGCUAUCUCGCAGCUGGUGGCGUAAAAGGUGACUCUCAUUUUCCAUGGCAUUCGUUAUCAAAUCUUUCGAAGAUUCGCCAAGACCUAGAUGUAUGGGCAAGUGGCACACAGGACGUUUUCACAUCUAUCGAUACACUUUUUGGGCAACCGGAUAGUACGACUCUUGUCCUCAGCAAACUUAUCUACCAUCUCAUACAUUGCCUAAUAUAUCGACCAUUCCUCCCUGUCGACCUUGCCGAGCUAGCGGGCACCGGUCAACAUCAAUCUUGGCAAAUUGAAGCCACAAAUCUUUGUUUCCUCCACGCAAACGCGAUCGCCGAACUUGUUGAACUCGGCAAACAAUCUGCGUCGAUAGAAUGGCCCGCGUUCGUGGGAUAUUGUAUUUGUACCGCCGGUACUGUUCAUGUCCAUGGAAUGCACUACAAAGGGGGUCGCGAAGGCGAAGUAUUUUCCUCCUCAGCCGAUUUCCUUUCCCGAGAAAUGCAACAACUUUCUGAGCUUCGAUAUGCAUGGUCCUCAAUUCAACAUCAACGAGAAACUCUACAAACAAUUUAUGGCUGCCAUUCUGAUCUGGUGAAGAGUCUUGGUAGUAAUCCAAUGCGCUUCAGUCCAGUUUUUCAUCUGGAGGACUUUUUUGAUAGGUAUAGUGAUUUGAGCCAAUACUUUGAUGGGGCUCAUAUUAGUUUUGCAGAUGUGGUAGCACCCAGCCCGGAAGCAUGUCAAGGCCAUGAUCUCUAUGCGCCGACGCGAGGAAAUAGGAAUGGAUUUAUGAAUGGGGGAGGAUCAGGUUCGAAUGGUUCGAAUGAUUCGGUUGUUGCUUCGAAACGCAAAUCCUCAUAUGCACGAAAACGUGCUUUUACUAAUAGUCUAAAAGACAGGCCUUUAAUAUCACCGAAUGGAAGAUCGAUUGAACAAUUACCUCUACCACAAAACGGCUUACUUAGUCAUGAACCCGCAUCUUAUUCUGAUGAAGGAAGUUUGAUGCCCACACUUUCACAAAUCCCUUUUUCACCACCGAGCCAGAAUCAACCACAAUCAUAUACCUUUUCACCAUCGCUCUCCUUGAAUCACACUCAAGAGUCGAAUUUUGAUCCCAUGUUUGGUAUGCCACAUAUAGGGAGUGGUGGGAAUUUUUCAUUUGGAAUGAUAGGUGGAACGAGUGGUGGUAUGAUGGGGGACGAAGGUAUGACACCGGGAGGGAGGUCCAAUAAUGAAAGUACAGGAACAAGUGGAGAGGAAAAAGAUCCUUUCCUUAGCUUGUUGGAACAGCUUGCGGAAAACGAACAACAGAGAGGUGGGCCAAGUGAUUUAGACUUCUUCUUGAGUGGUGGACAAAGUUGA